GGAGCAUCCUCUUGCUGCAGGGAUCACAAAUUCGUGUGCCUUACCUUCUUCACUUUCAUCUUCGACAGAGAAAAUGCGGCAACUCGUAGCUUUGUUGCUCGUCGCAGUGAUUGCGUACGUCUACACUGACAACACAGUGCUGCACAGGUCCAAGCGAUGGGAGGAGUUCCCGAACGUGACCUUCACCUUCGACUGCACCAACAGGCCGAUUGGAUUCUACGCCGACGUUGAGCACCAUUGCCACAUUUUCCACAUGUGCGACGAGGAGGGCCGCAGGAUCCCGUACAUCUGCGCCAACGAGACUGGAUUCAACCAGGAGUACAGGGUCUGCGACUGGAACUACAACUUCAACUGCGAGGACGCUCCCAACUGGUACUACCUCAACGAGCUGACUUACGUGACUGAUCCUCCCAAGGAGAAGAAGAACAGAAACUAAGUCAUCAUCCCCGCAACGAGACGGAAUUUCCAACAGUGCCAUUUUGUCGCACGAAAAUGUAAAUAAUAUAACUCCUCGCACUUUCCAUUUUUUAAAUACUUAGUAAAAUGCUCAUUUCUUGGUAGAAAAAUAAAUAAAAUAGGGUUUCCAUUGUAUCAACUGUGUGUAGCUUGGGGCCGAAAUCAAACCUGACAAUCUCUCUUUUACUUCGAAUGUUUUGUAUAAGACACGUGUUCAUAUAUAUUUUUUUUUAGCUUUUUGUACAAAAGCAACUGGAAAUUUUACAAAUGUAAAUGCAAAAAACAAUGAAAAUAAAUAUAUAUCUCAAGAUGAAUAGAUAAAACGCAA